AUGGACCCUGAUCCUGGAACAGUUCUAGAGAAUCGGGUCCAGAACAAGGUUCUGAAUCCGAUACUGGUGGUACUGGGAGGACCCCCCUCAUCCACAGCUGGAAGAACAAACACCUGUGCAGGUGGUUCUUGGUCAGAACUGUUCUGGUCCAGUAACCCUUCCCAACUUUUCCCUCAGACCGAUCGGUUCCAGGUUCUGACCCAGUUUCAUUCUUUUAAACCAGAAAACAUCAGUGUGGGGAUUGUGGGCGGAGCCAGAACCUCCCUCCUCCUCCACAGACGGAGGAACCCUCCUUCAUCUCUGAAGAACCUCAUUGUUGGAUCAGAGAUCCUCUGCCAGCAGACAGAGCUCUCACUCCGUCUCCACUUAGAAGAGCAGAUGAUGUCAGAUUUAUUUCCGUCGGCCGUUUGGACCUCAGCUUCUCCUCUCAGCGGCUGUGGAAGAUCCUCUGCGUUUGGUUUGAAGUUUGACCCCGCCCCCUCAGCCCCUCUCAUCCAAUCGCAGCGGCCGUCUGAUGAAGCCAACCCAAAGCCCCUCAGCCUCGCUCACCAGGCGGGCGGCUGUCAUCCGUUCAGCUCCGCCUUAUUUGGGCAUCAUGCUGUGGCUCCGCCCCCUGACCUCCUCUGCCCCCCCACGCCUGGAUGGAACAGCUUCUCUCGGGGUCUGCUUAGCACCUCCUCCUCUUCUUCAGCCGGCUGCUGUCCUCCAGAGCAGCGGGAAUGCGCGAGCUGCGGGACGAGGAGCGCCCUCCUGUGGAGGAGGGUGGCAGCGGCGGAACACCUGUGUUACACCUGCAGCCUGAGAGCGGACGACGGGAGGAAGGACCGGAACACGCCGCUGCUGAGGCCGAGGAGGCGAGCGAUGGCGGCAGCCAGGAGAGGAACUCGCUGCUCCAACUGUGACACAGAAACCACGUCUCUGUGGAGAAGGAACGCUGAAGGAGAACCCGUCUGCAACGCCUGCGGACUUUACUACAAACUGCACCAGGUCCAGCGGCCGCUGAUCCUGAAGAAAGAAGAGAUCCAAACCAGGAAGAGGAAAGCGGCCAAUAGGACGACGGCGAGGAGGAGAGCCGACCAAUCAGGGCGCCGGCUGCCCGGCCUGGACCCUUCUACCCCGCCUUCUCCGGUCUGAAGGUAUCAGGGAACCAGCUGCAGCUCUCUGACCUGCUUUGUCUUCUGGAAGUAAAAUGAUCUGAAACCCAAA